AUGAAAGAGCUUGAAUCAAAACAUCUCGUUGAACAAGAUGGACGUCGUGUAUUACUGAAACGUUCGCUAGCAAAUGGAAAUAAAAAUGAUAAAUAUAUAUUUGAAAAUCCGCAAUUAUUAAAACAAGAUAGUGAUCUUGAAUCGGCAUUAAAAGAAAUAGCAAGAGAAUAUCAGGGAUUACAGAUUCAAACAAAUAAACAUAUUAAUCGUCGUGGGCUUGAAGACAAUGGUCUAUAUGCUUGA